AUGGUUGGCACUUGCGCAUGGUCAGCCGCGGCCACCAGCUUUCCCUCUUAUUUAGCCGCGCGCAUUAUCAACGGCUUCUUCUGUAGUGUUGGCCAAGGAGGGGCCCUAAUGUGGAUCAAAGACCUGUUCUUCUUCCACGAGCACCCCAAGGUGAUCAAUUAUGUGGAGUUCUCCAUUAUCAUGAGCCCGUACCUUGGCCCUUUGAUCACCUCGUUCAUUGUGUCCGGGGUCAGCUGGCGCUGGGCAUUCUGGCUCUGCACAAUAAUGUCUGGAGUGGGGCUUGUUUUGAUUCUCUUCCUUGAUGAAUCUCUGUUUGACCGCAAGAACCCACCGUCGUCCCGAGGAUCCUAUAUCAGCCGUCUAACUGGCGUGCAUCAGGCGAAAGACUGGGAACAUAAGAGCCUCAGUCAAUGGUACUUCUACUUCUUUGGAAUUGUCGGUGUCCUGGUUGGCUGGUUUGCCGGACACUUCCUUCACGACGCUGUCGGGCAGUACUACAUCAAACGCCACGGCGGACGACUAGACCCCGAGGCUCGGUUAAUUAUCACCUACCCAGCUACAAUGAUUUGCUGCGUCAGUUUGAUCAUCUUGGGUCUGGCAUUCCAAUAUCACUGGCACUAUAUGGUCAUCGCCGUAUUUGCGGCUACUCAAUGUGUAGGUGUCAUGAUCGUUACGACGGCUAUCAAUGCCUAUCUCUUGGACUCUUAUCCGGAGGGUUCAGGCAUCGUGGGAGCGUGGGUAACAGCCAGUCGCAACUGGGCGGGCUUCAUGGCUACUUAUAUUCAGAUCGACUGGGUGACACGGAUUGGACCUGCCAAGGCUCUGGGGAUUCAGGCGGCUAUCACCUUCGCGUCGGUGUUUUUUAUGGUGUUCUUGCAGGUCGGCAAACUAGCAUUCACAAUGCAUCCCAAGUUCUCCCCGUUCAGCAUCCUCCUACAAGCAGUCCUCACUCUUAUUCUUGCCGUGACUCCGACACUCACGUACCAAUUCGUAUCUAAUAACACUCUGACUCACCUCCCCCGACCAAAGACAGACUUCAACAUCCAUAAUGGCACACUCCUCUCCCCGAUCCUCCGAACCCGCGUUCCAGGAAGCCCAGGCUCCGAAGCAACCAGAUCCCACUUCACGCACUUCUUCGCCAGAACACUCCCACACUGGCAGGUUGAGUUCCAAAACUCUACAGUCAAAUCUAACGCCCAGGAUAUACCCAUCGUCAACGUCAUCGCCACUCGUGAUCCCCCCGGUAUCCCGGCAGGUAACAUCAGCAGACUCACCCUGGUAGCCCAUUACGAUAGCAAAAACUCCCCAGAGGGGUUCAUUGGGGCAAUCGACAGUGCAGCUCCCUGUGCCAUUAUCAUGCACGCCGUGAGAAGUAUCGACGCAGCACUGAGUCGUAAAUGGGGUAAAUCAUCUACGCAACAGACUGCGGAAGGUAUACAGGUUAUCUUCACGGAUGGCGAGGAGGCACUCGAUCCUCCCGAGAUGUUAUUCGGGGCGCGAGCAUUAGCGGCAGAGUGGGAGAAUACUCCGUAUCCGCCAUCGUCUCGAUAUUCGAGUCGGAUCAAGGCCAUCUCGCUAUUCGUCUUGUUGGAUCUUCUUGGGUCGAGCGAGCCGGCAAUUGCGUCGUAUUUCAACACGACACAUGAUGUGUAUCGGCGAGCUGCCAUGCUGGAGAAGCGGUUAAGAGGGCUGAAUCAGUUCAAGUCGGGGGGCGUCAGACCUUGGUUAAUUGAUGCUGAUAGAGAUGAAAUCGGGAUGAACAGGUUUCCUAUCUAUGAUGAUCAGGUGCCGUUCGAGGAACGCGGUGUGGAUGUGCUGCAUUGGAUUGAUGCGAAUCCUGAUACUGGGGAGUUUCCAAAGGUGUGGCAUACUCUGGAUGAUACGGGGGAGAAUUUGGAUCUUGAUGUUAUGGAGGACUGGGGUGUUUUGCUGGUUGCCUUUAUUGUUGAGUGGUUGGAGUUGGAAGGUUACAUGCCAUGA